AUGUCACGAUAUAAAUUAUUAUUUAAAAUCAUUAUUUAUACAUUUUUAACUAUUGAAUCGGGAUUAACGUUGUCUCGAGAUAACUUGUAUCCGUUUACGGGUAGUAAUUUUAAAACAUUGCCGUCUGAUUCUUCAAUUCAAGUUGAACUUAAAACACCUAUUUCAUUUUAUGAUAAAAUUUAUCACAGCAUUUUCGUAAAUGAAAAUGGGGUAUUGUCAUUUAUACGAUCGAUGCAGAGAUUUUUCAACAUAGCAUUUCCAUUGGAUGAUCCAGUUAUUGCACCUUUGUAUACUCACGUCGACACAAAAGGCUCUGGUAAAAUUUUUUAUGGUGAAACGGACAAUCCUGAAAUUUUGUCACGCUCAGCCAGCAUGGUUCGCUCAGCUUAUAAAAAUAUUACUGAUUUUAUGCCUAUUCACGUUUUCUUAACAACCUGGGUUGAUGUUGGUUACUUUAAUGGAAAACACGACAAGGUUAAUACUUAUCAAGUGGCAAUAUCUUCAAAUGGUACCCAUUCAUUUGCUGAAUUACUUUAUCCAAAUGGUGGAAUACAAUGGAUACAGGGAGAAUCACAUCCAAAUGGUCUUCCAGAUGCCAGAGCUCAAGCUGGAUUUAUGAGUGAAGGAAGAAUGUACACAUUAAAAGGAUCUGGAACAGAUCAAAUUCAAAAUAUCGACAAAUGGUCAAACAUUAACCGUCCCGGUCAAUGGAUAUUUCAAAUAGGUCCGAUUGCUGAUGGAAGAAAUAUUAAAAACCCAGACAACAUUGAAAAAUCAAAUCAGCCGAGCGAUCAGACUUGUAUGACUGGAGCAACAACUUGUCACAGUAAAGCCGUCUGCGUUGACUACGAGUAUGGUUAUUGUUGUAAUUGCAAACCAGGGUACUUUGGUAACGGAAAAUUCUGUCAACCUAAUGAUUUGCCACUGCGAGUAAUUGGACGUAUUUCUGGAAAAAUAAACGGAGAAGAAUUUACAGCCCGAGAUCUUCAAUGUUAUGUACAAACUAAAGACGGUAGAACUUAUACAGCUUUGUCGAGAAUACCCGAAAAUAUUGGUCAGAAUAUGCAAUUAUUGGGUACACUUGGUGGAAUUAUUGGCUGGCUCUUUGCAAAACCAAUUGGUGAACUUAAAAAUGGCUAUCAGCUUACCGGUGGUCUAUUUAAUCACUCAGCAGAGUUAAUAUUUGGAAAUACGGGUGAUCGUAUAUUGAUAAAAAGUGUUUACAUGGGACUGGAUGUAUUUGGUCAAUUAAAAAUGGAAGCUGAUAUUCAGGGUACAUUGCCUCAAUUACCUCGAGACGCAAAAGUAGAUUACGGUGAUUACGACGAACUUUACACCCAAAAUCAAAAAGGUACCAUUAGAUCGCACAGCAAUAAAAUUUACAAGUUGGCUGGUGACAAAACAGAGUAUCCAUUUACUUUGGAUCAAUCAAUAAUGUAUCACGAUUGUCCCUAUGAUCCGGAGCAACCCGAUGGAACUACGAGACUUAAAUAUUCCCAAUUAGCGACCUGCCAAGAUACACGUUGCGGUGAAUAUGAACAAUGUUCAUUAGUAAAUGAUGUACCAAUUUGUUCCUGCGUUCCAGGCUUUAUAAACGACAGACCUGGUGGUCCUUGUUAUCCAGCUAAUGAUCCUUGCAAUUUGGCAAAUAAUUGUUCACCUAAAGGAGUUUGUACAUACGAUACAGACAAACAAACUCAUAUAUGCAUAUGUUUACCUGGUUACAUUGGUGAUGGAUACAAUUGUUAUGUUCAAUCUCAAGUAACAAGCAUUACAGUGAGACCUAAUUCAACUUCAACGAUGUCUUCUCCACACUGUGAUACUAAAGGAAUGUGUUGGUGUCCACCCGGGUAUGAAUUCCGUGAUGAUAAUUGUCAUAAAUUAAAUAUACAGCAGAAACCAAAAUCAUCUGAUGAUGAUGAUGAUGAUGAUGAUGAUGAUGAUGAUGAUGAUCUGGUUGCUCAGCCACUUCCAGAAUGCUUGAAGAACAACUGCAUUUGUCCCUGGGGGUAUGAUUACCAACGGCUGGAUAACAGUUGCCUCCCUAGGCCAGGAUAUAACUACGAAACGAUGGGUCCCUCAGGAUCCAAAUUAUCUUGUAAUGUUGUUAAUACUUGUCACCCGUACGCUCAAUGUGUAUUUAUAAAAGACACCGAUGAAUACGAGUGCCGCUGUAAUUCCGGAUACGAAGGUGAUGGUAUUGAGUGCGUCAAGACAGAUGUAUCUUGUUUGGAUAUUGAUAUAUGUGACCCUAAUGCAUCUUGUCGACCCGAUGAGCCAAUAGCUAAGUGCGUCUGCAAUCCAGGAUACGAAGGAGAUGGAACAUCGUGCACACUUAUUGAUGAAUGCAGCGAUCACUCGGAAUGUGAUACUGACGAGAGAUGUUCAUACAAUCCAUCAAAAUCUCGUUAUGAAUGCACUUGCAAUCCAGAGUUUAACAUGGUAAAUGGGAGAUGUGUGGCAGCGGAUUGCUCUACCAAUCCUUCGAUGUGCCAUCAAAAUGGACAAUGUAUAACCCGGGACGGUGGUUAUAAAUGCGUUUGUAUGAAUGGUUUUCACGGUGAUGGAAUUAAUCAAUGUACGGAAGAUCAUAUUGGUUGCACUCCAAUUGACCAAAAAUUGAUACGAACUGUAGCUAAAGAAUUAUCUUAUCCAUUUGGAUUGGCAAUAUCUGAAGAAAAUUACUAUUGGACUGAUUGGAAAACAUACAAAAUAGAAGUAAUAUCUAAAACAACGGGUCUGAAAGAAAAUUCAUUGUCAAUACCACCUGGGGGAAGUGGAAAGCUCUAUGGAAUUGUUUCUGUUCCUGAAUCAUGUCCACGAAUAUCAAACGUCUGUCAAUAUGAAAAUGGAAGAUGUUACAAGGAUCAAUUAUGUUUACCAGAUGGACAAGGAGGACGAACAUGCGCUUGUGCAGAUGAUACUACUGGACCUUGUACUGAAUCCCGUUAUCCAUCGUAG